UGUCGACCACCAAAACACAGCUGCCGCGCCGCGCGCCUCUUCCCACCAGGAACCGAACAGAGCCGAGCAAAUGAAAUCGAAAUCGCGUCGCUCUGCUGCUGCUUGUGUGAUCGAGAGCGUUUAGACGGGGGUAUGGCCACACAAGAACCCUCUCCCCCGUCCUCUAUGGAGAAUAACAAGCCAGGGUUCCCAAAGAAGAUUCUGGCCAACAAACUUGAAGAUAAACAUUUAUGCAACUGCUGUCAGAACAUUUUGAGAAGACCGUUCCAAGCUCAGUGCGGCCACCGAUUCUGUUCUUACUGCUUCAACUGGACUGUUGGAUGUGGACCACAGAAAUGUAAUGCUUGUAUCAAAGAGGACAUAUUUGAAGAGCCCACAUCUAUUCUCAAACAAGGCUGCGCGUUUCCUGAUAAUGCUGCCAGGAGAGAAGUUGAAAAUCUUUCAGCUGUGUGCAUCAAUGAAGGUUGCUGCUGGAAUGGCAGCAUUAAAGAUUAUGAGUUGAGCCAUGAGGGCAAAUGUGAGUUCAUGAUUCUACCCUGUCCCUUGUGCAAAGAGCUCAUCAGAUUUAAUGAACAGGAGCGUCAUAACGAGCGUGAAUGCCCCGAGAGGACGCUCAACUGCAAAUACUGCAAAGAGCCAUUUCACUUCAAAAACAUCAAGGCACAUGAUGAAAUCUGUCCCAAAUACCCCAUGAUUUGUGAAGGAUGUGCAAAAAAGAAAAUCCCCAGGGAGAAGUAUGUUGACCACAUCAAGUUCUGCAGCAAAUUCAUAACUCCAUGCCGAUAUAAUGUUGUUGGCUGUGACAUGUCAGUUGAGAAGGAGAAGAUCCAUGAUCACGAGCGUGCAUGUGCUCACGAACAUCUCAAUAUGCUGUUGCACUACAUAUUGAGUAUGAAGGUCAGUCUGGAAGGUCUGCAGCCCCAAACUCUGGAGAUAGCCGGUCACAAAGCACACGAGCUUCACCAGGUGCUUCGAGACAUGGAAGCCCGAGUCAGUCAGCUGAGCAUCAUCCCCGGCACGACUGGGCCUCCCGUGCAGGGGGCCCCCUCGUCUUCAUCCUCGUCCUCCCCUGCGUCUGCUUCCGCGCCGCCACCUCCUCCAUUGACCGCUGCCACCCUACCCACCUCAUUCACGCCUUUGCCCAGCUCAGUGGGUGCAGCGCUGGAGCUCCAGCUCUACAGCGAGAAGACCAAAGUGGUGGAGCUGGGCCGGCGCUGCCAGGAGCUGGAGGUAAAGGCUGGGACGUUCGAAGAUGUGGUGUGUGUGCUGAAUCGUGAAGUGGAACGCUUCGCAACCACCGUGGAAGCCAGUAACCGCCAACACAGACUCGAUCAGGAUAAAAUCGAGGCGCUCAGUAACAAGGUGCGUCAGCUGGAACGUCAGGUGGGUGUUAAAGACCUGACUGUAGCUGAAAUGGAGGGCAGAUUACGAGAGAUGUCCGCCACAACCUUUGACGGCGUGUUUAUCUGGCGAAUAUCAGAUAUCACAAAGAAGAGGCAAGAUGCCAUCGCUGGACGAGCGCCUGCUAUGUUCUCACCUGCAUUUUACACGAGCAAGUACGGCUAUAAGAUGUGUCUUCGUAUUUACCUGAACGGGGACGGGACGGGUCGUGGGAGUUAUCUCUCGCUGUUCUUUGUGGUGAUGAGGGGAAUAAGUGACGCUCUGCUCAAAUGGCCCUUCAACCAGAAGGUAACUCUAAUGCUGCUGGACCAGAGUAACAGAGAGCACAUCAUCGAUGCGUUCCGUCCCGACAUCACUUCCUCCUCAUUCCAGAGGCCGGUCAGUGAGAUGAACAUCGCCAGCGGCUGUCCGCUCUUCUUCCCGCUUUCCAAGCUGGAGGGCAAGAACACAUACAUCCGCGAUGACGCCAUCUUCAUCAAAGCUAUCGUGGAUCUCACUGGUCUUUAGUUUCUCUGUGGUCAGUUCUUACGUGUGCACACUGCCUCUCUGAUGCAGAAUCGCAUUUCCUCCAAGCUGCUUUAGCCCAGCGUUUGAAUUAUGAUUCCAUAACGUCGGUUUUGACAUGCAUCCCUGCAUGUGUGAAGCUGCCACAGAAUGUUGCAGACUUGCUGUUUGUGUGUGAGACAUAUAAAUGGUAUAGCUGCAUGGUUCCAAAAAGGGACAGUAGAGCGUUAUGCAGGAAAAGGGUCGCGAAACACUGGAAUGAACGUGAAGUCCGGUCCAGUUACGAAGGCUAUGUUCAGAAUAGCAUACCACCAUACUACUCAUACUAUGUCUGCAAUAUUUAGUUAGUAGCCUAUACUGUGCAUAUUAUGCAAAGUUUUUGAUGACCUUAUGCAUUUGUCAGUAAGUGCAGAACACAGCUGUGAUUUCUUUCUGGAUUAUUUGAUCAGACUGUGAAGAAGUUUUCACACAAAAUUGGAUUGAAAUGUGAAAUAACGUUUUUAUUCCAAAGUCGAUGCCACUUGCUUAAAAACAUCAUGUGGAAAUAAUGAAGACAACAAUGUAGGUUUAAAAUGUUUAUCAUUCCAUAAUGCAUACAGUUUCACAUACUAUUUUUGAAAAAUAGUAGGGAGCAUUCAGUGUAUACUGUAUGAAUGUAUUGCAUUCCCAAAAUAGCCAUAAUGUGUAAGUAGAUCACAUAAUUCGAAACUUUUUUACUUCAGCACAACAUCAUAUUUAUAGCUGAAUUUGUAAAAAGAACAGCACAUUAUCAAAUAUUUGAACGUUUGAGUCAUGUUUGGAUUUGUCUGGGAAGGUAGAAACACUUCGACUGAACUUCAUUGACUUUGUUUACAUAGACACAUGCAGUGUUGGUUAAGUUACUCAGAAAAGUAAUCCACUACUAAUUACAAUCAUCGAAAAACUCUUUUUCCGCUCACCGAAUUUCCUACUUGUUAAUUGUCAUAUACCGUUCAGUGUCACAGAAACAUAAACAGAUGUACAUACAGAUGAAUGUAUGAAUUCAUAUUUUAAACGUGUUACACAUAAAUAUUUUAGAAAUAUGUGUUACUUAAGAAAAGUACUUAAAUAAUUACUUUUUAAAUGUAUAAUUAAAUAAGUAAUUACCAUUUAAAGUCAGUAACUGAUUACAAGAAUUUGAAAUUGAAUACGUUACAAUACUUUUUUGAUUAAAGUAAUGAGAUUACAGUAACUAAUAAUUGUAAUUGGAUUACACCCAACACUGGACAGAUGUAGAGGUAUUUUAUUGAUUAGAAGGACUAGAUGGAUUUCCCUGAUUUUUUUUAAAUUUAUUUAUUUUUUAUUAUUAUUUUCUGUGUUAAAAUUAGUUAAACAAAGAUUAUCAAAUUAUACAAAACACUGCAAAAAAUCAUUUUCUUAAUCAUGUUUCCCAAUGACCAUGAAAAUCUAAACAUACUUUAAACAACUGAAAUAAAGCAAAAUAUAGUGAGGUUGAAAAAUAAACUAAAUUCAAAAUAUAUCAUAUGAAAAAUGAAUUUAUUCUCUGAAAACAAGUCUUAAUAUUACAUACCCUUUCGCUUCUGAGCUAAAUUCAUCUAGAUUUAAGAUUUUUAGAUUACUAGAAAACAAGACAAAAAUACUGAAGAAGGAAAUUUAACAAUAGAAAAACACACAAGGGGUCGGUCGAUUGGUAAAUUGUUUUGAAUGAUAGAUGUUCCAAUUCGGUGUGCAUUUUAGCAUUUUUUUUUUUUUUUUUGGGGGGGGGGGGAUUUUUCCCCUUUUUCUCCCAAUUUGGAAUGCCCAAUUCCCAAUGCGCUCUAAGUCCUCAUGGUCGCAUAGUGAUUCGCCUCAGUCCGGGUGGUGGAGGACGAAUCCCAGUUGCCUCCACGUCUGAGACAGUCAACCCGUGCAUCUUAUCACGUGGCUUGUUGAGCACGUUGCCACGGAGACAUAGCGCGUGUGGAGGCUUCAUGCCAUCCACCGCGGCAACCACGCUCAACUCACCAUGCGCCCCACCAAGAACAAACCACAUUAUAGCGACCACGAGGAGGUUACCCCAUGUGACUCUACCCUCCCUAGCAACCGGGCCAAUUUGGUUGCUUACGAGACCUGGCUGGAGUCACUCAGCACGCCCUGGGAUUCGAACUAGUGAACUCCAGGGGUGGUAGCCAGCGUAUUUUACCACUGAGCUACCCAGGCCCCCUAAGCAUUUUAGCAUUUUUAAAAAUUUUAGUUUUAGUUUGCAUGUUGAAGACCUUGAAAUGUGUCAGCGCACUUUUCCUUGGAGCCGUCAAUGCAAAGUGGAAAUAUUUUUCUCCUGUAGUGCUCUUUCGAAGGGUCAACGGGGAUUAAUUGUUGCAAGGAUAGUGAGGGUAACGGUUGUGGAUUUCCUUAUCGGUGUUUGGAUAGAUCUGUGGAAGAUAGUGUGAAGUUUAAAGGUAGAAAUCUUUAAAAAAAUCGUACUUGUUUGUAAUAUGGUUUGACGAGAACAACUCGCCAGGAGUUGUGUGCAGAUGUACACUGAGGUUAUGAUGUUACAUUUUGUAUAUUUAUAAGAAACAAAGGUUUUAUUACUUUUGUAUAUACAAAUAUUUAUACAGUUUACAUGAUACAGAACAUCGGAGCUUGAGUUUGCUUGCUGGUUUCAUGAAGCUCUAAUGUGAGUUUGUAUUAGUUUUAAAUUUUACAUUUUAAAAGGCAGUUUCUGCAUCUUGUAGGUAAAAUUGUAACUUUUGAGUGUUUACACAGAAAAUGUAAUGAACUGUUAAUUAACCAGAAUCAAUUGAUUUUAAACCAGUUAUGACAACUAUUGAAACUUCUCUGUGCAUGGGAGGCGUCAAUCUGUGAAUGCACAUGAUAUUUAUCACAAACAGUUUGCUCAUCCAGUGAAUGACGACACAAAUGCAUACCUACAUACAUUAGAAAUAAAUACAGUACAUUAUAUAUUAAACAUAAUGAUUAUUAUUCUAUAUGACAGGCUGCUUCCAUUUCUGAAUGGAAGCAGAUAUCUAUAUAUUUAUAUAAUAGAAACAAUCAAUAUCUUUAUAUCUAAAACCUUACAUUCUCAAAAAGAGGGAUCUUUAUUCAGUAAAUGUAAUACAGUUUACAUCUAUUUUAUUAUAUUUAAUGCAUAUUAUUUAUAUAGCUGUACAUGUGCAGUCAUGGUGGUUUAAAACUAAUUUUGCCUACUUCUUAGUAAAUGAUCAGAAACGAUCUGUUCUAAUUUGUACAUGCAAUGCCCUGUAAUACCCAAAAUCCGAUCACUUGAAACAAUCUUUGAGCCUUAAUGUCUUAUCUCAAAGCUGAGGAUCAAAAUUGCAAUAUUGUUAAAGCUUGACUUCAAUGCAUUUAUUAAAGGGAGGAAAGUAAUUAUGUCAGACAUUAAAAUUGUAUGUUAUCCUGUGUUAAUAUGACAUUAUUUGUGCCAAAUAUCCAUAGUGAAGUGCUGUUAGAGGUUAUAGGUAAUGAUAUUGGUCUUUUAAUGAAAACCGAUUGAAUAUAUGAGAAACAGAAAUUGUGCAAUUUAUUAAAAAAAUACUGUACAUUGUAAUGUUUUUCUUUUUUUCCCACUUAAAUUGGAUCAGUACGUGAUUUGUGCCAAAUGUGAUUAGAAAUACUUCAUUAUAUUCUCUUAGAUUUCUACAAUUCAUAAAAUGUGACUGAUUCAAAAUGUUAUAAUAAUAAAAUAAAAAAAAAUGUUUGUUACACUUUACAAACGUCCACUUCUAUCUAAUAAUUAAAAUAUAGUUAAGGUUAGGGUUAGUGGUAGGAUUAUGUGUAUUGUUUCUAUCGCAAGCUAGCUUCCAGGUGCUCAUAUGAUAAAAAUAACUCCAAUACAUCCAAUGUAAACAUGAAAUUCAAUUAAGUAAUUGUUAAUUAUUUAUUAAUUAACAAUUAGUUAAUUAUGUAACCAACCAACUUUGAGCGCGUGGAUGACCUUGUACCGCGGCCACCACCGAAGAACAUUUUUGGACCCUGAAAAAACCCUGGUUGUAGGGAGAUGGGGCCACAAACCAACACUUUUUGGUUUUAUGUAAUGCACUUGGUGUUCAAAGUAUUUUUUUCUUUUUUCACAUUAAUUUUACACAUGUCUGGUACAAAUAUGUGGUCUUGUUUCAUAAAUAUAGCAUAUACUUUUUUCGUUAUCUACCUGGAAAGAAGGGAAGUGAAACGUUGCAUGUCCCAUAGGAGGGGUACGUUGUAACACUUGAUGGUCACUUUGUAACAUGACCAUAAGACAGCUUAAAACACCCCUCGGACUAUUGUAUCUGAUCUAAUUAAAAUACAUAGAAGAUAAACUAAAAUAUUAUAUCAAUGAAAGCCAUUUCUUAAUUUUGUUGAAUAAAAUAUGGCAAUAAAUUUGAUACUUGACAAUGAACACACAACAAAGCUACAGCAUAGGCUGAAAUAAUGCAUGGAUGGAUGACUUGACACAACACACACACACACACACACACAAAAGGGAAUUGUGUGAAUUGCAUAUAGUUUGUUCUAACUGGGGCAAGUUGUAAAACAGUGUUGAACCAUGCCCUGUCAGCACAACUAACAAGGAUUUAAACCUGUCUAAUUUUGCUGGCUAACUAAUUAUUAAAAUACUAUGCAAAAUGCUGGCUAACAGAUUGGAGAGUAAAAUGCAAAGUUUACAUCAUUCUAAAUAAACAUUGUUUUAAAUAACAUUCAUGUGAAAUUUUACUUCUGCAAAAUAAACUUUUGGCAAUAUCUUUAAAGGUUUUUGGAAUUUUU